UGGCUUGUGGGAGCCGCUUGGCACCAACAGCCAUUUUCAGUUUGCGGCUGUCAGUCAGUGGGAAGCUUUUUACCUUCCGUGGGCUUUUUAUUCGUGUAAAACGCCACUGAGGAUGGACGAAAGGGAUGUGUUUUUAAGUCAGGGAUGAAAAUAGUCAAUAGAAGGAAGUGUGUUGGGUCCAUAAACCGUUAUAACUCCUGAGGUCUGUAGGAUGCUCGGGGUUUUUUUUAUUUGUUUAUCUGAAACGGAUUUUUUUUUGCGACAUAUUUAAAGAAAAUAAUAACAAAUAAACAGAGACUGUUAGGUUUUAAUCACAUCCUACAGGAAAUCCCUCUACCUGGUGUGAAAAAAAGUUAAGCUGUGUUUAGGAGGUAUAGAUUUCCAUCAUUGUCCUCUCGCUUCCUGUUGUCCUUCCAGCAACUGUGUGUGAUUGUGAGCGGAGAGUUAUCAGGCCAUGUCCACUAUGGUGUACCCGAGGGAGGAGGCUCUGGAGCGGCUGAGUCAGGAUGAGAUUGUGCUGAACACAAAGGCGGUAAUGCAGGGACUGGAGACGCUGCGGGGUGAACACGCUCAGCUCCUCAACUCCCUGAUGGACUGCACUCCACCUCCUGCAGCACAGGAGAAAUCUGGUCUGCUCCGCAAGAGCCUGGAGGCCAUUGAGCUGGGGCUGGGGGAGGCACAGGUGAUCAUCGCACUGUCUGGUCACUUGAGCGCCGUGGAGUCGGAGAAGCAGAAGCUGCGGGCUCAGGUGCGCCGUCUGUGUCAGGAGAAUCAGUGGCUGCGGGAUGAGCUGGCCAGCACACAGCACAAGCUGCAGAAGAGCGAGCAGAAUGUGGCCCAGCUCGAGGAGGAGAAGAAGCACCUUGAGUUCAUGAACCAGAUUCGCAAGUUUGACGACGAUGCCACACCCUCAGAGGAGAAACCAGGGGACAAAGAAAAGGACAAUUUGGACGACCUGUUCCCCAAUGAAGAUGAUCAUGGUCCAGCCCAGCGCAGCGGUGAGGUGGCAGCACAGCAGGGAGGAUAUGAGAUCCCAGCUCGUCUCAGGACGCUGCACAACCUGGUGAUCCAGUACGCCUCUCAGGGUAGGUACGAGGUGGCCGUGCCGCUCUGCAAGCAAGCUCUGGAGGACCUGGAGAAGACCUCAGGCCACGAUCACCCCGAUGUUGCCACCAUGCUCAACAUCCUGGCUCUCGUCUACAGGGAUCAGAAUAAGUACAAAGAGGCAGCCCAUCUCCUGAACGACGCACUGGCAAUCCGUGAGAAGACUCUUGGGAAGGAUCACCCCGCCGUGGCUGCAACCCUCAACAACCUGGCCGUGCUGUAUGGCAAGAGGGGCAAAUACAAGGAAGCUGAACCCCUGUGCAAGAGGGCGCUGGAGAUCAGGGAAAAGGUUUUGGGGAAGUACCACCCCGAUGUGGCUAAGCAGCUGAAUAACCUGGCGCUGCUGUGUCAGAACCAGGGAAAGUACGAGGAAGUGGUGUACUACUACAGCCGUGCGCUGGAAAUCUACGAGAGUAAGCUGGGGGCCGACGACCCCAAUGUGGCCAAGACCAAAAACAACCUGGCCACAUGCUACUUGAAACAGGGCAAGUUUAAGGACGCCGAGGCUCUGUACAAGGAGAUCCUGACCCGCGCUCACGAGAAGCAGUUCGGACUUGUGAACAGUGACAACAAGCCCAUAUGGAUGCAUGCAGAAGAGAGAGAGGAGAGUAAGGGCAAGAUGAUGGACUCCAAUCCUUACAGCGAGUACGGCAGCUGGUACAAGGCCUGUAAAGUGGACAGUCCCACAGUCACUAACACGCUGAGGAGCCUGGGGGCGCUGUAUCGCAGACAGGGCAAGCUGGAGGCCGCAGACACUCUAGAGGAGUGCGCUACAAAGAACCGAAAACAGGUACCCAAGGGCGGCAUAGAUGCCAUCAACCAGAGUAAGGUGGUGGAGCUGCUGAAGGACGGCACCCCAGCUGGAGAUAAGCGGCACAGCAGAGAGGGGCUGAACGGCUCUGGAGGUCCUCGUGACUCUGAAGGAGACGAGGCCGAGUGGAGCGGGGACGGGAGCGGCUCUCUGAGGCGCAGCGGCUCCUUCGGGAAGAUCCGAGAAGCUCUGAGACGCAGCAGCGAGAUGCUGGUGAAGAAACUCCAGGGCAGUGGCCCACAGCAACCACGUAACCCGGGGUUGAAAAGAGCAAGCUCUUUGAACUUCCUCAACAAGAGCGUAGAGGAGACCUCACAGGUUGUAAACAGCGGACUGUCAGAAUGUCGAGGGCUGAGCACCAGCAACGUGGACCUUUCGAGACGAAGCUCCCUGAUUGGUUAGAGAGUGCGGUCGGGGUGUUAAAGGGGGCGGAGCGAAACAGAUAUUCCGUUUGUCUUUCCGUUUGUCUUUACUUUAUGUAUUUGUUUUUUUUCCAGCGUGUUUUGUUUUGUUUAGUCACUAUUUUGACAGCUACCGAACAGCUGGGUCUGCUUUGCUUUGUGAAGCUGCACUGAUCAGAAGCAGACUAUUAGCACACAGCAGGUAGACAGUAGGGAUAGAGUUUCAGUUCAAUGCGCAGUGCAGACUGGCUCGAGGCUUUCAGUCCACAGCCAGCCUGUUUUUUUUUUUUUUUUGUUUUGUUUUUUUGUUUUCCCUGAACAUCCCCACACUGUUAACGCAAUACAGCAUGCCGCUUUCUACACUGGAUGUGCUUCUGCAUCCGAGACACUUUACUCACAUCUCAGUGACGCAGCAUGCAAAGUACAACAAAGUCAUCCACCGUAUAAGGGAUCCUGAUGUGUGUAACCACAAGCGUUAACUUUAAUUAGCUGUCAUCAGAAUGUCAUGUACUCCAGGCUGCUGACGUGACUCCAAACUCACAUUCGAUCUUGAGCGGUACGAAUGAUCGACGAGUCGUGUUUUUUUUUUUUGUUUUAUUAUUAUUAUUAUUAUUAUUAUUAUUAUUAUUAUUAUUUAUGUGAACAGACAGCAGUGUAUCCCAGUAGUCGAGGGAUAACUUUACGUUUUGUGUUUUUUUUUUUUUCCUCCUCUUCUGUAUAUACAGGAUUAACUUAUUGAAAUCGUCGUGUCCUUCCUCGUAUAUGCCGUUAAUUUUUUUUCUUAUAUACAUAGUAGGAAUUUAGAGAAUCUGUGAAGAACUAAUCCCACUACACAGAAGUGAACACUGGGCUUUGUUGCAUGUGAACAGAAGGACUGAAGAUUUAAUGCUGAAACGGGACCAGAGUCAUUGUGUUUUUUUGCUGAAUCUUUUGUUGUUUUCUGUUUAAUUUCUUGCGACCGUUUAAUGUACAGAAUGAAUGUCACUUUAGAUGAAAAUGAAGUUUGUAUAGAAAUGUGUGUGUGUGUCUGGAUCUGCGGAACAGAAAAGCGCCCAGCACCGUCGGGAAUACGAGUUUGUUAUUAAUGGAAUUUAUUUGCGCCGAACACUAAGAAAACGCCGAUUAGAACAAUUCUCCUGAACGGCAAUUAUUUAUGAGCCAAAACAGAGGAAUGUUCCACCGCUGGCUUUAUGUACUGUAUUGUUGUGUUGUGUUUGUCAGGUACACAGCAGUAUGAUUUUCCCUGCUGUGUCACCUGACGCUUGGAUGAGACUGAACGGUUUUGUAGUAAGUAGGGGAUGGGAAAAAUGUAGUUGUUAAAGGUGCAGUGUGUAAUUUUUCCUUUGUUUUUUUUUUUUUGUGUGACUACUGAAUUCAUACAUAUUUAGAUGUGAUGGAAGACGGUGGCUUUAGUGGAUAGCACUUUUGCCUCACACCAAUAGUUUGCCCCCGAGCUUGCAUUUGGGGUUCCUUCAGGGGUAACUCUGGUUUCCGCCCCUGUUGUAGGUAUCAGCUGUAGUGUGUGAGCGGGUGCGUGAUUGUGCCCUACAAUGGGUUAGCACCCUGUCCUUGUGCCCUGGGGUAUGUUCCAGGUUCCCUGUGCCCCUGUGCAGGAUAAGCGCUACAGAAAACGGACAGAUGGAUGAAAGAAUACGAUACAAGUCGUCGAUCCUUCAGCUUACCUUCGCCUCGUACAUAGAAGGGAUCACACGGUGUACAUAGUGUGACGCUGCAGCACUGUAGAAUCCUCAAAUCCGAACCUAACGCAAAGUUAAAUGAAUGUACUAGAGUUUAAAAAGGUAUGGUUUCUAUAGUAACAACUUAUUCACACGGACCUGUGACCUGUAUAUCAGGCGUAAUAUAACCUACAUAAUCUAAAGCUCGUAAUAAAAACGCUGUUUAAUGAAGAACAACACGGCGACUGUCGGACACGGUGUAGCUUUACGCGAGAUGAUGUUUGUUUAACGUUUCUAAAAGGAGUCUCCUGUCUAAAUAAAUAAAAAGCUUCAGGACUGAAGAACAGCAUCUUGGUUUCUCGGUAACACAGUUAGCUUUGUUUGAUGAUGAUGUUGUUAUUUCACCUCACAGCCAGCAGAGGGCAAUAAAACAAAAUUACUAACUGCUCCUUUAAAUACACGUCCAUCUGUUGGAAAAGACCAGAAGGUCGGUGAAGCCGUUUAACACGAAUGUAGGAAACAGAACAGAAAGACGUCGCCCUGUGAUAGAAACAUUUCCUUCACCGUGUCUUGCAUCAUCACACAUGGAUUCUGGAUAGUUAGGCAACUGUAGGCGUGUCAAUCGGCAGAUCAGGAAACUAGCGUAGUGCUUAAGAGUGCGUUAACGCCGCUAAAAGCUUUAACCUCGCCAUAACCCUCGAUUGUAUUAUGUGCCUGAGAUUUAGGAUUUCUCUCGGUUAGUGAUAUAUCUCUCUUUCUCUCUCUCCCUCUUUUUCUCUCGUUCUCUGUCGGCUGUGUUAAUACAGACUAAACUGUGCAACAAGGCUGCGUCCUUUUGCCCUAAUAAACACUACCGUGAAUCCUUCAGGAUAUGUGAAGUAGGAUAAAAACGACUGUUUUACUCAAUAUGGAAAUCACAAAUCUAAGCAAAGUGCAAAUUAGCAUUCUGUUUUUUUUUUUAAUCCACAUUAAACAGUCUUUCUGCAUCGUCCAAUAUUAACCUGUUCAUUUCUUCAGACUUGCACAGUACUAGUCCUUUUAGCUUUAUUCUUUAAUUCAUUAAAACACAAGUAAUCUCUUAAUUCUAGCGAAAUCCACUAGGGUUUACUAAUCAGCUGAGCUCAUGUAGUGCAGUCUGUGAGGAUUAUGAAUCACUGUGCAGCUCCAGUCCCUAGAUUUACAGGUCAUCAGAAUCUAAUCUUAAUCUCUGUAACAGUUCUAAACCAGCGAUCGAACGCGCGGCCGUGUUGUUCAGCGCAGGUGUGUCACGGGUUCUCCCAUGUCAUAGGUACAGGAGGGUUGUGUACGCUUACUUCCCUUAUCACACUCAUCUUAUCACACUCAUCUCAACGUGUUGCUUUUCCGACGCUGUACAAUGUGAUCCUGCAGGUUUACUGGGCUUGGGCUUGGGUUUAGGGGGGUGAACCUGCUGAUCUGAUGUAAAACCUUCAAAAGAAAUAAAACCUCACUUUUCAAACCAA